GACAAGACAUAAUGGAAUUAGUUUUUAUCAUCAUGAGUACUAUAGUAUUAGGUGUUUAUUUUGUUUGGUUUUGGUUACUAUUUGGAAAAUUGAAAGGUCCAAAGACAUGGCCAUUAGUGGGUAGUAUUCCAGAAAUGUUAUUGAACAUUGGAAGAAUUCAUGAAUGGACUACUGAUCAACUUCUUGCUAGUCCAACAUUAGGCACAUAUCAAACAUGUGGUAUUUGCAUUCCAUUUAUUAACAAUUGGAGAAGAAGUUUUACUACUGUUACAUGUCAUCCAAAAACUUUGGAACAUAUUCUUCGUACUAAGUUUCAUAAUUAUCCUAAAGGACCAACUUGGCAAGACACCUUUGCUGACGUUCUAGGGAAUCAAGGUAUAUCUUAUGUUACCGGUGAAGAGUGGAAUUUGUUAAGGAAAAUCGUGGUUCCAGUAUUAGCAAAGUCGAGGCUCCAUCCAGCACUAGAUCGUUGGGUGAACCCAACAAUCAAGAAUGACUUAUUGCCAAUUUUAGACAAGGCUUCGAAACACAACAUUUCAGUAGACUUGCAAAAAUUGAUGACUUGUUUUGGCACUGACAACAUUUUUGGAAUUGCCCUAGGCAAAAAAUUGAAAACUCUAUUAAAUCCUGAUGACCCAGUUGCAGUAGCCAUGGAUACAAUUUUUAAAUAUGCUUUCAGAAGAUUUUUCUACCCUGAUUUCUUGUGGAAAUUUAUGAGAUUUUUUUCCAUUGGAUCUGAAGGAAGCCUGAAAAAGAGCCUCCACAUUUUGAACAAUGUGAUAACUGAGGCACAAGAAGAAUGUAGUAAUAUUAAUAAAGAUGAAACUUGUGAUUAUUUAUUGCGGGCGUUCACGAGGAAAGUGCAAGUUAAUGGGCACAUUUUGCCUAGUUCUGCAAUUACGGGCACGAUUCGAGAUAUUCUAUUAGCAGGUCGCGACUCUGUUUCUACAUCUGCUAGCUGGUUUCUUUGGCUCAUUAUGAACGACCCGCGUGUUGAUAGAAAGAUCGUACGUGAAAUCAUAAUGAUUUUAAGAAAGACUCGAGGCAAAGACAUGAACGGCUCAAAGGUCACAAAUUUUAUUGAGAAGCCUUGUGAUCAGGAGACACAAGAUCAAUGGACGGAAGAGCCAUUGUCAUAUGAAGAAAUCAAUAGUUUGGUCUACCUUCAUGCAACGUUGCUAGAAUCACUACGUCUGUAUCCUGCAGUUCCAAGAAUUGUAAGGUAUGCAAUAUGUGAUGAUAUCCUUCCGGAUGGAACAUAUGUACCAGCAGGUUCAGACAUCAUGUUAUCGCUAUAUUCUGUGGGACGAAUGAAGUCUGUGUGGGGCGAAGAUUGCUUGGAAUUUAAACCGGAAAGAUGGCUCUCUGCUGACGAAACAAGAAUUGACAUGCCGGAAGAUGGGUAUAAAUAUGCAGCAUUUAAUGGUGGAUCAAGAAUGUGUAUAGCCAAAUACUUAACUUAUCUUGAAAUGAAAUCUGCAGCUUCAGCUAUAUUACUUCGUUACAAGUUAUCUCCAGUUCCUGGUCAUCAAGUUUCGCAACAACUUUCCUUCACUUUAUCCAUGAAGGACUUUAAAGUCAACCUCAAACCUCGUGAUCUUAGUGAAUUUGGUAUAAGAAGAUGAAAGUUUAGUAGCUAUGUAUAUGAGAUCUAUCGGUAUCUCAUCUUUGAGGUAGAGGUACGGACUAUGUACUACAUUUUUUGCCCUCCCCAGACCACAGUUUGUGGGAAUACAUUAGGUAUGUUGUUGUUGUGUGUUAAAGAAUUGAAUUCCAUCCCAUUUUCUCUAAGUUCAGAGCAAUUUGAGAAGUA